AACUGCCACCCAAUCGAAGUCACGGGUGACCUGCUGCUUGCCCCGCGUGCCUGCUCUCUAGCAGCGCCGCCGCGUUUUCUGGCUGGCACCGUCAGUGUACCGUUGUCCAACUUUGCCUCCAUCGCUAUUUCUUCAUUUACUCUCUUCCACGCCUUAUAUUAAUUGCCUACGCUCCUCUACUACAUACUCAUUAACAUCAGGGCCAAUUUGGCGUAUUUGUACUCAGUUCCACAGACGCUCUGGUCGAUCUCUAUCGCCGCGACUCACAUGAGCUGUUGGUCUUGCGAUUGAUCGGGAUGCCUCGCCACACCUCGACAUCAAGCGACGAUGAAGAUGACUCGGCCAAUAAUACUUGGCUUCAAGAAACUUCCGUCGUCAAGUCUGUGCGUAAGAACCUUAAUACCGAUGAUUGGCCCGUCUUCGAUCUACGAGAUGCAGUCAUUCUUGAUGCAGACGGAGAAGAGCUAGUCAACGGCCUGGAAGCAGAAACAAGAGGACCAUUCAUCGUCCGAGGCACUCUUGCGAUAGAGAGCAACGAGGACAAGACACAUCUCUUGAUGCGACGAAAGCGGUCGUUUCCUAUUGAGAUCAGACAGUGUAUAAUGCACUCGAUUGGAGAGACAGGAGAUGGCGGACCUCUGAUUUGGGUCUCUGGCCGCGGUGGUUGGUAUGAGGUUACGCCAUCUGAAGAAUACCGCUCGACUUUUAUGAAGAUGUGCGAGGCUGUCACAUUGUACUAUACCAUGUUGGAUGUGUAUGCAGAACUGAGCAGCAAGCCCAAGUCGAAAGCCAAGGCCAAGGCCAAAUCCAAGAAAGCAGAUGGCAGUCUAGACUCUGUCUUAUUCAAGUACGUAACAAAGAUUGGCGAUGCAAGCACAUUACAGGACGCAAAGCUUCGCUGUCACGAGCAUGCCCGAUUUCUCCUUUUCAAAUUUCUUUCCAAUGGUGAUGAGGUAUCUGAGAUCCAAAAUACUCCAUUUUACGAAUGGCUUAUCGAAGAGCAUCAGGAUCUUUCACAAGAAAUCGAAGACAGAAUCAAGAAUCCGCUAGUGUUAUCAAGACACGCAAUAUCAGCCCAUGCCGAAGCCUCGGGUGAGACCUCAAGACGAUCAUCAGCCAUGCGUGGCUCUACUAGUAAAGGAUCGGACGGAAAAGAAUUUCCCAUCAGACAACGACGUUCGGAAUCAAGGGCUGCUAAACAAAAAGAUGAUGCAGAGUCAGAGAGUUCCGCGAAUGAAUCGGCAGGCACAGACGGAAUUCUGCUUCCUGUUGGAUCCCCUGCCGAGGAAGAUGUUGCGUUCCAGAGUGUCCUCCAAGCUGUCAAGGACUCAUACGCGAAGCUUGAAGCUACAGCCUAUGGGCCUUCAUUCCCAAAACUACUGAAUACCUUCUAUUUUGGCUACACACUUCCUACAUACAAAGGCCCAAAUCCUGGCUCGCACAAAGAGCCAGCUCGAGAGGUGCUUCAUUACAAUGCGUCGAGAUUACUCGAUGCUCUCGAUAAAAACGCGUAUUCUGGUAUAUAUCCUCAGUUGAAAGAGCUCUCGAAACAGAAGUUCAAACUGCUGGCUCUAAGAUCAGUUCCCUUUACUGUGGUACCAAGAAAGCGCAAAGAUGAGCCAUCGACCAAGCCUCAGGACGUAACGGUCCAGACCCCAGUUCGAUCACAUCAUGGGUCGAAAACACCUGGACGACGGCCCGCGUCUACACUUCGCCCGGUGAAAACAAUUAGGAAGCGUCCCCUUGCGAGUGUGGACACCGAUGAGGAGAUGACGGAUGUGAGCCGCCGCCGUUCCACAUUCAUUACUGACGAAGAUGAGUCCAUGGCCGGUGUUGAAUCUUCAGACGACUCUGACGGAAGCCCUUGCCCUCCUACAACAGAGAUCCCUAGCCUGAGCAUCGAGACUAGUUUAUUGCCUUCUACGGAGAAGAAGGGUCUUGAUAAUACAUGGGUCUGCGCACAAGAUGGAUGCGACGACGUUAUACGUGGCGAAGACGACUUGGAAAGCCAAGAAAAGAUCCAGCAGCAUUUGAGAAAACACGAAAAUGAAGAUGCUCGAGUCGAUCUAGCUAUUGCUGAGAGCCGUAGCUACUUACCAGUUCAUAACCUACUCGAAAAGAUUCGCAGAUUGGGCGAGCGAAAUGGAGCGACGGGUGACCAGGACGGGGAUUCAGCACAACCCAUCAAACGGAAGUUGGUUGUUUAGCAUCAGUCUCAGGCUGGUAUGUGUAUUUGUAUGUUUAAAAGAAACAGCGGGAAUGGUAGGAAACCAAGCGCCAUGAUGGGUUAUUUGAUAGUAUGUAUUAAGACAUGUUGUUUCGUUGUAUGUUAUAUGAAUAGAGUGACAAGUUGUCAUCCACGCAUAAUUGUAGUUAAUCCUGCAUUGUUAUCCAUAGAUCUAUCUCAAUUAGCAAUUGAGUAACGCGAAGAGGGUUUAGAUCACGACAUGUGCAAAAUGAGAAGGAUGUUAUCCAUACGUAUGUAACUUGUCCUGUUAAAACCUAGCCAAAUAAACUCCUGGGGAUAUUAAAUAUAGAGCAAUUAUCCCCUCAAAUCUUGAUCUCUUUUUUUUUAUAUUAUUACAUGUUUCCCUGUGCACCUAUGCAGACUCUCCGUUGCCCUCCAUGCUUACAUCUGCCUGCUUAGCACGCGACUCUGUGAUAAACGCCUCCUCAAUAGUAGCAUGGCGCUGGAACAUGCGCAGCCAGCGCUGACCCCAGCGGUGAAUGAGCGCCGCAUCUGCCUCGCUGACGGUGAUUUGCUCCUUGGAGCCGUCGGCCCAGGCCGAAAGGGCCUCACUAAUAGUGCUGAAGAGCUCUCUCAUCUGUGUGAUUUCUGCAUCGACAUCGCCAGCUUCGGGGUUUGCCAGCAGCUGGCGCACGCGGGAUGACACCUUGGAAACUGUGCGGAACACGAAUUCCAGAAUGUGCGGCUCGCCAAGGGCAGCGCCGCCGUCUACCCCGUUAGGAGAGACGGUGCCGCCAAUGGUCCAGUCCACAACAGAAAGCGGCGUGAGGAUGGAGUAGUUGAGAAGCUUCUCCAGAAUAGACAAAGCAAUGCCAGGAUGAGCAUGCCAGUAGGCAAUGACAGAAGAGAGGAUUUGGGCACGAGCUGGAGCGGAAGCAACGCUAGCAUCCAGCAGGCGUGUCUUGGAGCGGUCGAUGCAUGCGAGCACGUGGCUGAGAGACUUGGAGCCGACCCAGCAGAUAGCUGUGACAAAGGCAUCCAUGGCGGUGGCGGUGGGAUCAAGACCGCGCUCAGCGGCCUGGGACUCGAUGCUAUCAAUAACAGGCUGGAUGUCUUCGUCGGUGGCCUUGCGGCGCAGGAGGUUGGCGAGCUCUUGGCCUUCUGACGAGAACGGGGUGUCUGGGUUCUUGUAUUUGAAAGGAGGCUCGUCCUGCUCCUUCUCAGGGCCAAUGAGAUGCUGGUACGGCUCAGGCAGUGUCUUCUGGAUGCGCUGCGCAAAGCUGAGACGGAUCUCCUUGUCGAGAGAACCCUUGAUAAACCACUUGUUAGGGUGGAGGUCGGGAAGGCUUGCGUCCUCUGACCAUUCUGUCCAUUUCCAAGUGAAGCCAAAGUUGCUCAGAUGGUGGGCGAACCAGUCAAUGAAGCGAUAUGAUAGCUCAACGUCUAGGCGCGGGCUGUUGCGGUACAUGUAUCGGAUGGCUCUGCCGAGACUGGGCGCAAUAGCGGCGGGGGCGAGCUUGCAGGCUUCGGUAAGCACGGAGUGGUAGUAGACUACCUUGCGUUCUGAAGCGGGCAGCUGGAAGAGCUGGGAGAAGACGGCGUCGACAGCGACAUCCUCAGGCUUCCAAGUCGUGCGGCCUUCCUCAAUGUUGCGAAGAUCAUCAAAGGGCGUGGCACGCUUGACAAACGUGUUAUCAGCAAAGUAUGAGUCAAUAUCCAUGAGGAAGCGGGCUGUGACGUUUCGGUUGAAGUCGAGAAUGUUGAUGGUGUCGGUGAGAGUAUCGCGAAUCAAGCACGACGCCAGUGUGUGCGUUCCGGGAACCGAGUCGACCUCCUGGCCGGCAUAGACGGAGAAGUACACCUCGGGGAACAGCGCACGAGGUCCGGUGACAACAGUGUCGGGAAUCUUGAUGGCAGGCAGUUCAUGCUUCUGAGAGUUGGCGAUCUUAUCUUGAAGCUCAACAUGGUCAAGUGGCAUCUCCCACGGGCGAGGUAAGAAAGACAGCUUCCAGUCAUUGUCUGCUUCUGCCUGCAGUUGUUUCUGCAGCAGCAUGCACAGAUUGGGGGAAGCUUCCAUCUCAUCUCCAGCCUCGGGAUUGUAUGGCUCCACCAUUUCUUGUAGGGCAUGAGGUUCGGAGGCGAUGAUUUCUGUCUUGCCCAUCAAAUCGGCCGCUUUCUCCUUGUGGUCGGUUGGCGAGGACGUCAUGGCGUAUGGGAUCGUGAGGAGGAUAAUUUUGACGAUUUCAGUACCGAUUGUCUAUGUCAAGAGCUUGUGAGUGCCCUUCUAUUGAAGUACAGCCAUUGUAUACCAAACUUACGUCUUCUGAGGAGGCAGUCUGCAGAUCUGCAGCGCGGCUGAAGAGCUCGUCAAGCAGAGGGAACAGUCCGUCGCCUUCAAACAUGCCCUGCAGACAGGCCAGGAAUUUGAGGUAGUUUUUGACAUCGCGCCACUCUCCAGCGCCAAUGCUCUUCUCAACACCGCCAGUGACGGCCCGGAGAACAAUGGGUGUCAUUUCCGGCUUCAGAGCGUUCAACACUCGGACAACGGCCGCAACAAAGGGCGUCUUCAGCGGCUGCUCAAUCAGGAGCUGCAUUAAGAGGUUGACAAACGUGUCUCGCAGUUGCUCGUCGUCAUAGUUGUCGGCCAUGAGGUUCGCCACGCCUUGUACUUCUUCUGCCCAUCGUCGCAAGGGCGAAUCGGCAAUGCUCACGAGCUGGCGGCGCAAUCGCACUGGUGCUGGCGCUG